CCCUGAUGACCCUGACCCUGAUGAACCCUGACCCUGAUGAACCCUGACCCUGAUGAACCCUGAUCCUGAUGAACCCUGACCCUAGAGCUCAACACAACCCAGGACCAGUGAAACCAGACCUCACCUAACCCAGGACCAGUGAACCCAGACCUCACCUAACCCAGGACAGACUUGUUAACCCAGGACAGACUCGUUAACCCAGGACAGACUCGUUAACCCAGGACAGACUCGUUAACCCAGGACAGACUCGUUAACCCAGGGCAGACUCGUUAACCCAGGGCAGACUCGUUAACCCAGGACAGACUCGUUAACCCAGGGCAGACUCGUUAACCCAGGACAGACUCGUUAACCCAGGACAGACUCGUUAACCCAGGACAGACUCGUUAACCCAGGGCAGUAGGCCCUCGGCCACAGUAGAAGCAGGGCUCCGUGUGGGUGAGCUGAACUCUUCUUGGGCAUGAGGAACCGGGUCAGACCUGGUGACCUGGAGGCCAUGUCACCCUCCGUCUCCCCUCGAGGCCAGGUGACCCAUGAACCUUAACCUUGGGCUCCAUGGUAACGGGAUACGUUGGCCUUUUUUACUGAAUCAUACACUGUACUGUACUUUAUGACUGAAGAUUGUUCCCUUGACGGAUGAACUGAGGAGUCAAUGUGGACACUUCUACUCUGAAGGAAGGACACACUACAUUACCCACGAUGCCAACGCCUUAGCACAGAGCUAUUAUAACUGUUUAGGCCUGCUGGUUGUGGUUUUCUUUUUAUGAAUUUCAUCUGCUCGUCAUAGAUUUCCCAGCCAGAUAGGAGAUAUUUUACACAUAGGAUGAAGUAAUAGUAUAUUAACCCGAUCACUGCUGUAUGAACCAACCUCAAAUAAAGUCGAAAUAACUGGAGUCAACAUGUUCAUUAUUAACUCCAUUUAUGAUAGAGUUAAUAAGAUUAACUCUAAUUCCUGAUAAUGGUCACCUCCUCGAAGGGCAUUAUCCGCUCAUACCACGGCUACUCGCCAAAGAAAAUAAACUAAGACCAUUCAUUUAUAUUUUGAUGCGUUUUACAAUCCUUUAGACCAGUUUAACCAGUCCCCAUAGACCAUUAUAACCAGUCCCCAUAGACUGUACAACAAGUCCUUAUAGACCAGUUUAACCAGUCCCCAUAGAACAUUAUAACCAGUCCCCAUAGACCAAUAUAACCAGUCCCCAUAGACCAUUAUAACCAGUCCCUAUAGACCAUUAUAACCAGUCCUCAUGUAGACCAUUAUAACCAGGACUCAGACCAGUAUACCUUAAGACUGGUGUAGCCAACAGUGGUAUGUGCGUUGGUGUGUCACCUUUUCGUGUGUGUGUGGGGGGGGUUGUGUGUGUGUGUGUGAGAGAAACCUGACUUGCUCAAUCAAUAAAUGAUGGCCAGUCUCAUCGGUUGGUGGCUUAGCCACGCCCUCUUUCGUUCCGCACACACACACACACACACACAGGUCACAGACGCACACACACUGCCUGUGUGCUCCGAUCAACUUGUUUGCUGGUCACCUUGUUGUCUUACCUCCUCGUCCCCUAGGGUCCUUGCCUCCUAGUCUCGUCGUCUGCUGCUCUCCGCUCCACGAUGAAUCCAGAGUAUGACUACCUGUUCAAGCUUCUGUUGAUCGGUGAUUCUGGAGUUGGCAAGUCAUGUCUGCUGCUUCGCUUUGCGGACAACACCUACACGGAGACGUACAUCUCCACCAUCGGAGUGGACUUCAAGAUCCGGACGAUCGACAUGGACGGCAAGACGGUGAAACUCCAGAUCUGGGACACGGCAGGGCAGGAGAGGUUUCGAACCAUCACCUCCAGCUACUACAGAGGAGCACAUGGCAUCAUCAUUGUCUAUGAUGUCACCGAGCAGGAGUCCUACAAUAACAUCUCCCAGUGGCUGCAGGAGAUCGAACGAUACGCGUGCCAGAACGUCUCCAGGCUGUUGCUAGGCAACAAGUGCGACCUGGUCGCUAAGAAAGUGGUCGCCUCCUCCACCGCCCAGGAGUUGGCCUCCUCUCUCCACAUCCCCUUUGUUGAGACCAGUGCUCGGAGCUCUGAUAACGUGGAGCGAGCCUUCCUCACCAUGGCGUCAGAGAUCCACCGCCGGCUGGCCAGCGACGGCGGGAUGCAGGCCGAGGCCGCCAGAGCCCGCGGGGCCCAGAUCAACAGCGCCCCCCUGUGGCCUGCCGGCGAACCGCAGCCCCGACCGGAGGAUACUGGGAACUGCUGCUAGGGGCUGUCUUUUGAGCCAAGGAACCCGGGUUUCCGAGUCCUACCCCCGGGCAGGCCUGCUUUGAGCUGGUACCUUUUGCUCGUAGCACGCAAAUUUUGUGUGGUGGAAAUAUAAUAUUAGUUACGAUUAAAACUGUUGCCAGUUAUGUUCUUGUGGAUUAAUGAGGUAAUAAAUGUAAAAUAUUUAUUUAGUAAAUGUAUUUUUCUAAUUAUACUUCUAAAAGACA